AUGCAAUCAUUUGCUGCAUUUGCUGCACGUCCGUCAGCAAACUCCUCACAUCCGAAUUGGUUAAAAAUACCUGGCACUAAGAUAUCACAGGUAAUGAGUUCAUCCUUAGAUUACAAAGAGAAACGAAAGCUACUCUUGGAAAGAAGGCUGGCAGAUAUAGAUGCAAAACUUGAAGAAUAUGCUCUUUUAAGUGAUUCACAAUCUGAUCUUAUCAAAAACCUCGAAAAGAAGGACAAGGAAGCUACUAGAGGGCUUAUAAAUGCUGAAAAAGUUUUGGACGAGAAGCUUGCAGAGGCUAUUGGUGAGGAAGAUGAAAGUCUGACGGAUGAUUUAUGUUCUGGGCUAGCUGAGAAAAUGAAGUUUGGUCGCUUUGAACAAGCAUCGGAAGUUGAGACUGCAUUGUUAAAGGAGAAGGAGGACUUGGAAAGUCAGGUACCUUUGAAACAGUCGAGAAUUGAUGAACUACAGAAGAGUUUAUCUGAUAUCAAUGGCAGAUUAAAUAAAAUUUGGUUUGUAGACGUAAGUCCAGAAGUAACGUCUGGAGUCUUGAAUCACUUGCGUAAACGGAAUCGUUUAAUUGGAUUAAAGCUACUGCAAGUUCGGCUUGAGCGAGCAAAGUUGGACGCACAGCUGUUAGCUGAGGACGAGCCAAAUUAG